AUGGCAACCUCGACCAUCUCGGAGCUCGAUUUGAGCGCCUGUCACCCCAGCUCAAUAGCGGACAAGUUCAAUGCUGUUCCCGGGCUGAAGCCCAGCGCUGCAUUCUUCACCUUCCUCCGCGCAAACCUCGUUCUCCCACCCUCCGCCAUGUCCUCCAACGUCUCAACCCCAUCCCUCGAGCCGACGACCUCGCAGACCAUGACCCAGCCUGCCGUAUCCCAACUGCUGACCGAUGACACCCAACGUGGCGCCAUCGGCGUCGACGACGACAUCCCGCCACUCUCCCUCGACGUCCUAGCCACCCGCGACGACAAGGUCGCUGCCCUGAAGCUCGUCGCCGACAGCAUCGCCCAGCAGCGCCAGCAGGCCUCGCGCAGCCUCAUCUUCCACCCGCUCUGCCUGUCCGUCCUGGCCGCCGCCCUCGCCGGCGCGUACCAGUUCGCCUGGGCGCGCCGCAACGCCGACCUCGGCCUGACCGUCACCAUGUUCUGCGGCGUCGCCACCUGCUACCUCCUCGCCGCCCGCUACCUCGCCGGGCCCUACGUGCAGCUCGCCGAGGACGUGCGGUGGGACUUCCUGACGGCCGGCGGCGACGGCGCCACCUCCGCCGAGGAGGACGUCGUCAUCGGCACGCGCUACGGCGACGAGAUCGUCGGCGCCCUGGUGCUGCGCCUCGAGCCGAACCCGGCCGCGGCCGCCGCGGCCGCCGCCGCGGGGACGGGGACCGGCGGGAGGAAGAAGGGCCGCGGCCCUGGAGCGCAGACGCUCCUCAAGGGUGGCAGGGGGGUGAUCCGCGCGUGGACGACGCGCCUGCGGUACCGCGGCAGGGGGGUGGGCGGCGACAUGCUGCGCGAGGCUGUCCGGGUGACGAGGGAGAGGUGCGGCCGCGACGCGGAGGUGGGCUUCGCAAAGGAGCACGCCAACAGCGUCAUGGUGCUGCCAGACAUGUUCAACGGCGCGUUCAGGGGGGGCGAGGUCAGGGCCGCUAGGGCACUCGAGGCCGUGCUAGCUGAUUGGGAUCGGAGCAGGAGGAAGAGGUGA